AUGGUUCUGUCUACCCCUAAGCUGCAAUUGGAGGCGGGCGCCGGCGAGGGUCCCGGGCCUCCAGGCAACAACAACUCGGAUGGCGCGGUCGCCAGCCCCCCUCGAGACGACAACCACAACCCCCCACAGCCCCCCUCGCCACGGAGGCCCCUCUAUACUUCUGAAGCCCUGAAGCUGUACGGCGACAGAAUCACCGAGUGGGAGAGGAAUGAGAUCCGCAAGUACCCUGAAAUCUGGUUCCUGGGCCUCGAAGCCAACAAGAUCCAGGCCAAGUCCAACCUACCCAAUAAUUGCGGGUUCGACGAUGACAACGGCAGUUAUAAUAAGCAAAUCCACGACCACAUAGCUUACCGGUAUGAGAUUCUGGAGGUCAUCGGCAAAGGGUCCUUCGGGCAAGUGAUCCGCGCCCUGGACCACCGCACCGGCACCCAAGUGGCCAUCAAGAUCAUCCGCAACAAGAAGCGGUUCCACCACCAGGCCCUGGUGGAAGUCAGGGUCCUGGACCACCUGCGGCUGAAGGACAAGGACCAAUCGCACAAUGUGAUACACAUGCUGGACUAUUUCUACUUCAGGAACCAUUUGUGCAUCAGUUUUGAGUUGAUGAGCAUCAAUCUCUACGAGCUGAUAAAGAAGAACAACUACCAAGGUUUCAGCCUGAGCCUGAUCAGACGGUUCGCCAACUCGUUGCUGCGUUGUCUCAGGCUAUUGGAAGCUGAGAACAUUAUACACUGCGAUUUGAAACCGGAAAACAUCCUGCUGAAAGCGCGGGGCAGCUCCUCGAUCAAGGUGAUAGACUUCGGCAGCUCCUGCUACACCCACGCCCGGGUGUACACCUACAUCCAGUCCAGGUUCUACCGGAGUCCCGAGGUCAUCCUGGGGCUGCAGUACGGGACCGCUAUAGAUAUGUGGAGCAUGGGUUGCAUCCUUGCGGAACUCCACACAGGCUACCCGCUAUUCCCAGGGGAGAACGAAGCGGAACAACUGGCAUGCAUCAUGGAACUACUAGGACCCCCACCACCGGACCUCCUGAUACAUGCUACGAGAAAGCGGCUUUUCUUUGAUUCAAAAGGUUCUCCCAGAAGUGUCACGAAUUCCAAAGGGCGCAAGCGGAGACCUGGAUCGAGAACGCUGGCCACCGCUGUGAGGACCGACGAUCCAGCUUUCUUACACUUCUUGCACAGAUGUUUAGAAUGGGACCCAAAGCGACGCAUCACGCCCACAGAAGCGACCCGGCACGAGUUCGUCACGGGGUGCCCCCUGGGGUCCGCACCCACUGGGAUCCUAGCGUUGCCCCGGCUAGCGCCCCCCAGACCCACGCGCGGGUCGCUGCUCCACUCGCAGUCAGCGGGGGACGUGGCGGCCAUGUUGGGGCGCGCGUGA